AUGAACACUAUUCACCGCCUGCGGGAGGCUCUCGUUAGGGCGCUAUCCCCCAGCUCUCAUGACGUCCACCACGAUGAACAAGAACUUUUUGACGAAUUAAUGAUCCAAAAGCCCCGACUGUUGAAACUAUUCGAGGUUGGACCAAGGAACCCCCAGGAACAGCGCGAGAUAGAGUCAGGAAAGACUACAAUCAACCAAAAGUCAACUGCAGUGAAUGCCGACUUCUCUCGACAAGCGGUUUUCUUAUCCCAGCAACUCGACUGUUCCGAAAAAUAUGUGGCCGAAAUCCUUCACCAUGUCAUGUCGGAAAAUCCGAACAUUGGUCCCGUCGCCUGCAUGGAGAUGACGGUGGCAACGUUCCACCAACGAAGGCGAUACCUCGUCGAUUGCUUGAGGUUUCUGCUCGAGGCUACGGAGGCCGCAGAUCUGCCUGACGCGUUGCCGAACUACAAACGGAUAGCAAGAUUCGUCCAAGUGGAGCUACUUCCUGGAAUGCGAGCACCCGCAGGCGACGCUACUUUGGCGAGCAAGGUGUUUAAGGAGAUUGAGCAGCUAGAUGUGAUACUUGGAAAGGCUGAUGCUGCGAGGAAGAAUGCUGGAAGUAAUACGGUGCCACCGACGGGUCAAGGUAACCCAGCUUUAGGCCUGGACAUUCUCAACGCGCGCUACGACUCCCUGAAAUAUGAACGCCGGUACCUCGCAGUCGUCCUUUGCUCAAUAUCACGUCUUGGGUAUCUAGGGUCGAAUGAACUGAAGCUCGCGGUCGAAUGGCUCGCCAAUAACUCCAACCAUCCAAUGACCUACUACCUUCUCACUGCCGUCCUUCUCGCUUUUGAUCCCAUCGAUCCUCUGGAUCCAGUGACCUCAACCCGACAGGUCCUUGCGACAGAAAACGCUGUCCUCAAUUUCAUGACGAAGAAAUUCGAGCCGUCAUCAAAAUGGAAGGAUGCAGGUUUGAAGGCCACAAUCCUGCUGAAGUGGACACUAUUUUUAACGGAAGCACGGCACAACGAUGCUAGUCUGGAGCUUCGUAAUGGGUUCAAGACCGAGGAGCUGGAGACGCAAGUGUGGAAUGCUGUCCAGGGUGACGCUUUCACCUAUCUUUCCCUCUCGUUGCUUUGCUUGCCGGGGCGGAACAGUGGCGGCCCAGCGGCGUGUCUACUUGAAGGUAUUCCUUCAGACCAACAAGAUCAACGCGAAGUACCUCCUCCCGAUUUCUGCCUCACUCUCCUCGCCUCACUAGACUCGCUCGUGCGCUCUCUGAUCACCCAUGCUUCUUCUGAGCUCCGCAAGAUCAAGCAACGGCAAGAGGAUCUCGUCCUGGCAAACGUACGGACGGAUCGUACAAGGACAACUUCCCGCUUUUCAUCGACGCUUCCUCCUGAGCCCGAGAAGAACGAGCCUCCUCCCCGUCACGACAUCGCCACCUUGUACUCAUUCAUUGGACUACUGUAUGCGACUUUGCCGCCAGAACGGGCACUUCAAUUUUGGGGUGCCGGCCCGCAGCAACAAUCAUACCGUCCGACAUACCAAGAGUCGCUGGAAUCAACAUCUGGUCGCCUCCCAACCUUCUUGCAGUGGGCGGUAUGGUCAACACCGACACAGGAUUUAACCAUGCUAUCCUCCUUGUACGACAUGCUCUGCGGUCUUGCCAAUGGGCAGCAGUGUAGCGAGUUGGCCUACAAUUUUAUGGCGAGAGGUGGAGGUGAAGUUUUACCGGGAAGUCUGCUAUCAACGUCUUCGACAACAGGUCCUUCGGUCUCUUGGAAAGUCAUAUUUGGCCUGUUGGAGUCGUGGGCUGUCAAUGCUGCAAAUCCACGUAGCCAACCCCAACCCAAACCAAUGAAUGGGCCAUUCAGUGGGUCUUUGCAAAAUCUCGCCCCUCCUCAACCCAUAUCCCAUCAAUUCGUGAUUGGGCCCAAGGACGUCCUUCUUGCUCGUUCCUUCCUGCGAGUUCUUUCGACGGUUGUUAGCCAUUCAGUCGCCGUUCGAACGACCGUAGCUGGGCAUAUUCAUUUCAAGGCAAUCCCAACUUUGUUGUCGUUAGUUCCGUUAGGGAUUCCGCUAGAGUUGAAAGGGGCUAUUUUCGAGACAUUGGCAGCUUUCUGCGAGCCUGGUGCAGGGGUACCGGGAGUGGAGAUAUGCAAAGCCGUUUGGACGCUCAUGGAGAGAUUGGAAGUGAUCAAUGUGCGGGUUGGCCCGUCAGGGACAUACAGCAUUUCGUUGGCUACGGGUAAAGGCGUAGAAGUCGAGCUGGAGCAGGUCGAAGCUGCACACCAGUUGUAUCCCGCGACCAUUCCGUUUUUGAAGCUGCUUGGCACACUAAUUCACACACCAAAGCAAAUCUCGAUUCAAGACCGUGCGGCAGGCACCGAACCUCUCAACACCAUCCCAGAGACGCUGGGGCAACCGUACCGUUUACCUGGCAUCGGUCCUUUCACAUCUUUCGUCAUCGACAACGUCUUUGCGAACAUUCCCAACCGCGAGUAUUCUCGUCCCUCUGAUAGGUGGCAAAUCAACGAUCUCUGCUUAAGCUUCAUCGAGAAGAGUUUAGCAAGCUUCAACCUGGAAACUCUCGUCACAAGCCCGGACGAUUCACCCUUGAAGUUGGAGUCACUUGUUCCUCUCCUCGUACAUCCCGGUUACGAUGUCAUGAAGCGUCUGUUGACGAACUCGCCUCUCCAAGGAAGUAUUCUCUCGUACCUGGUUGAAGGACUCUCAGGAUUUGAGAAGGGCUUCGCUGACGAGGAGCCGUUCUUCCGCAACACCAUCAUUCGCGUCCUCCGCAUAGUCCUCCGCAUUCUGGAAACACAGGACAUCUUCCUCGACGUUUUCAUCCCUCUCCUCUCCAACUUCGAUAGUUCAACGUUCGUUGGCCAGGUUCACUCUCGAUCUUUCUUCACCCGAUUCGACCAAGCGUUGUCCUUUGGGCCUCAUUUCAUUCCUUCAAUAGCGGCAUACAUGUCAUAUGCUUCCCAUCCCGAGUUGAUCCUGUUAUCCGUCAGAAUCAUCUCGCGACUCUCCUUAUCCACUUCUCCGUCAACCUUGGUUACGUUGAUCGAAAGAAGUUACGACUCGGAUCGGAUUUUGGGAGGAUUCUUACAGAUAAUGACGACGGAAUCGAUGGACGAUGUGGCGCAAGCAGAAGAGUAUGCUGAACAAACGACAGGUGCGGGUUCGCCUGUAAUCAAUGCAACAUCAGACUCGCUUGAGCAAUCCACUCGCCUCGCUGCCCUUGACCUCUUGGUCCAAGACACAGACACCAACCGUCCGUACCCUAAUGUUGCCCACUUCCUCCUCUUUGGGGGCAAAGGCAGCGACCAAAUCAUCCAGGAUCCCCAUGCCCUCGGCUCCCGGCAGACAAGUAUCCACGUACUUCUCGAUCUUAUCAAUACCGGUGUUCCGAGGCUCAAGAGCAAGCGCAAGGAAAAGGAAUAUAGUCAGGUCGAACCUCUCUUCAUGAGUAUGCCGGUGUUGGCGGAACGUUGCUAUCGGGUUAUAUAUCAACUUUGUAUACAUCCGAGGACGUCAGAGUUCACGACGCGUUACCUUCGGACUCGGGAAGAUUUUUUCGGCCGCCAGCUUGCAAAGGUACCGUCUGCUACACCAGAGACACUUCAAGAGCCACCCAUCCAAGUGGUUUACAACGACGGUUCACGAGUUACGACGACGGUGCCAUCGUUGAGCUCGUUCCUCCGUUUGAGGUCGUAUAUCUUCGACCUCGUCGCACUCGAAUUACACGUCCUGACGAGCAAGAACCAUUUCAAGGCCGUGUCUGAACUUCUGGAGAUCCUCUUCGGCACUGAUGUUGACUACGAAGAAGAGCACAAUUUUUCGACUUUCCAUGAGCUCGGUCAAUCGCCCAUGCGCAUUAUCGACUUUUUGCAAUCGCUAUUGUUCGAUUGGGCUGACAGCCUAUCGGUUCAGGCCGUCGAGGUAAAAUAUCUAAAUCAGCUCAAUCUCCAAUCAUGCGUCCGCAAAGAUUCAUCUGGCUGCGAGGUUGUGGAUCGCACGGCGUUACUGUAUUUGCUUGCAACUGCGAGGAGGUCGCUGCUUGCCCAAGGUAGCAUCGCAACGCAGGCGCAAAACGACAUACUCACAACAGAGGUCUCAUACAUUCUGGAAAGCUGCGCUGUUGAGAACCAUCGACGCAAGGUGGCAUAUGCACGGGUUACAGGUUUCGAGGCCUGGAGGCGGCUGCUGGACCUUGCCCUUACGAAAUGCUUUGACCGACUCCCCCAUACCCGUCGAGAGAAUAUGCUCUUCGACCUCCUCCACGUCCUUCCUGCUGCCAUUCGGUCCAGCAACAUAGAGGAAUCUACCGCGAUUCUGCUUUCGGAGACUGUGCUUUCGUCAAUCACCAAAUUGAGGGAAGACAGGCGGCACCAGGUUAUCCUCCAGUCGAUGGGUGGUGAUUCAGAGUCCGGUUCGCUGCCAGCUGAGCGAUUGUACAACAUCCUCCGCAACAUUCUUGAAGGCAUCUUGGACAACAACCACGUCGAGCUCGUUCGUGGAAAUCUCUACGCUGCCUUGAUCAACUUUAUCCACCUCGUACGCUCGUCAUCUUCUGAUGCAGCUACAACUCCUGAAAUUGGCCCUGAUCCAUUCACGAUGUCUUUGUCGUUGUCGACCUUCCGUGAUACCACCGCGACACGUAGAAGCCCGUCUCUGUCAGCGUCAAUAUCAGGAGAGAAGCUUUCUUCGACUCCAGGCACGGCUCUGGAGUUGGGUUGCCUCGUCGUCAUGAAACCCGUAGUAGAACGAUUGGUGACCACCAUUUCGAGAGAUGCGAUCGAUGGCACAGAGGUCUGGAAGACUGUUGCCUUCAUGCUUCUCGAUGCCACUGUCCAGUUAUCGAGCUUGGAGAAGCAGCAUGUUGUCCUCUCUUCUCUCAACCGCCAUGGGAUUUUAUCAAAUUUUGUACGGAGUAUCAAAGAUUCGGAUGUGCGACUGCAGUCUGUACUUAAGCCUGAUCCCGAUGACCUCAAUUCACUAUACGUCUACGAGGCAAAGAUGUCUUUGUUCAUCAGAAUGGCCCAAACUCGUGCUGGUGCCGAACGCCUUCUUGAAGCACGACUCCUGCCUAUCCUUGCACAGUGCGACUACCUCGACGCCAGGCCAGAAGCUGAUCAAGCUUUCAUUGACCAAGACUCUUUCCUCCCAUCUGCGAUUCAGAGAUAUCACCAGCUUUUCAUGCCUGCCCUGCAAGUCGUAGAUGGCAUGCUUGCGACCCUUGGUAGCAGACAUACUACGGCUACCCAUCAGGCUUUGGAAUUCCUAUCCGCCCACGGUGCCACGAUCGCCAUCUUGCUGAAGAACGAGGCAGAGCAGGUCAUCUUACCAACGUUGGAGGAAAUCCACCUGAUCGUGGCCUUGUGUACAAGCAUCCUCCCAUCCGUUCCCAAGACGGAGCUGCUGUCUCCUAAUUCCGGAUUCGGUGCCAUCCACCUUGCCAUUCUCGGUCUGUCAACGAGAUGUCUUGCGCGAGGCAAAACCUUUGGACAAGUCGCACCAAUCACCGAGUCAGACGUCAAACUAAGCAACGUAUAUGCGUUUGGCCAUGGCAAUCAGACCAAGUUCGACGUCAAGGUCCAACGCCAGGAAAGGCUACUGAGGAAGAGUGUCGUGUCAUACAUCGGGGCCUCGAGCGAGUUCACAGAGCCUGAGAUUACACUCGUCCUCUCUCCUGUGACGAUAACACCUCGAAACGAAGAGCGGGCAUCCCAUUUUGCCGCCACUGUACCCACCGUUGGGGAUACCCUUAUUGCUUUGGAUGAUAUCUGCAACGACCUCGCCGAGACUCUGAAGCAGAUAUCGAGGAUCGGUGCUGAGCUAGCCAACAAGGACCAGAUUGGGUUGGAAAGUGCACAGGAGAUUCUGCGCGACAUCGACCCCGUGCUGCUGCGCGACCUCGAGAUCGAGCAAAAACGCGCGCUGCUCGCGCAAGAGCUCACACACACCCUCUCCGCUGCUCACCACGACGCCAAGGUGCUGCUCGCGUCGCUCGAGAUGGUGCUGCUGGUCAUCUGGCGGCACCUCGCGUACUACGCCGAGCCGCGGCAUAUGGGGCUCCCGCCGGCCAAGGCAACAGUGUCCAAUGCCAUGCGCCUACUUGCGACGAGCGAGCCGGAGGUGUUUAGGAAGGAGGUCGGGGUGAAGAUCCAGCCGGCGCUGACGCGGCUUGCGGGGCUCGAGCUUGACCGGGAGACAUUUGGGAGGGAGUACCAGGAUAAUCAGGGCUAUAUUCAGAUUAUGUGUCGAAGGCUGAGGGAUAGUGCGGGCUUGCAUGACGAGUCGUCUGUAGGGGAUAGCGAGUAG